ACAUGCUUGUGCUGGCCUGAUGCUCUAAGCUGAAGAUAGCAUUUCGGGCGCCGCUUCGUUCGUGUCCAAGCUUCAGCAGCAGGAAAUAUGUCUCACAGAAAGUUUGAGCACCCCAGACAUGGUUCCCUUGGCUUUCUGCCUAGGAAGCGUGCUUCUCGUCAUCGUGGAAAGGCAAAGGCCUUUCCAAAGGAUGACCCCAGCAAACCUUGCAGGUUGACCGCCUUUAUGGGUUACAAGGCUGGGAUGACCCACAUUGUUAGAGAUGUUGAGAAACCUGGAUCAAAGCUUCAUAAGAAGGAGACUUGUGAAGCUGUUACUAUUGUUGAAACUCCUCCGAUUGUGGUUGUUGGAGUUGUUGGAUAUGUGAAGACACCUCGUGGACUGCGCACAUUAAACACAGUCUGGGCUCAGCAUCUAAGUGAGGAAGUUAAAAGGCGGUUCUACAAGAACUGGUGCAAGUCUAAGAAGAAGGCAUUUACCAAAUAUUCAAAGAAACACGAAACUGAGGAAGGGAAGAAGGAUAUUCAAGCACAACUUGAAAAAUUGAAAAAAUAUGCAACUGUCAUCCGUGUUUUGGCCCAUACUCAGAUACGGAAGGUGAAGGGUCUAAAGCAAAAGAAGGCACAUCUGAUGGAGAUCCAAGUUAAUGGGGGGACAAUAGCACAGAAGGUGGACUAUGCAUAUGGCUUCUUUGAGAAGCAAAUCCCAGUGGAUGCUGUUUUCCAGAAAGAUGAGAUGAUAGAUAUCAUUGGUGUGACGAAGGGUAAAGGUUACGAAGGUGUUGUAACUCGUUGGGGUGUCACUCGCCUUCCACGCAAGACACACAGGGGUCUAAGAAAGGUUGCUUGUAUUGGUGCGUGGCAUCCUGCCCGAGUUUCAUUCACAGUUGCCAGGGCUGGACAAAAUGGAUAUCAUCACCGCACUGAGUUGAAUAAGAAGAUCUACAGGGUUGGCAAGGCAGGGCAAGAGUCACACUCGGCCAUCACUGAUUAUGACAGGACUGAGAAGGACAUCACUCCAAUGGGUGGAUUCCCUCACUAUGGUGUGGUAAAGGAUGAUUUUAUUAUGAUUAGGGGAUGCUGUGUGGGACCCAAAAAGCGUGUGCUGACCCUUCGCCAGUCAUUACUGAAGCAGACUUCUCGUGUGGCCCUUGAAGAGGUUAAACUCAAGUUCAUUGACACUUCCUCCAAGUUUGGACAUGGUCGCUUCCAGACCACUCAGGAGAAACAGAAGUUUUACGGUCGCCUCAAGGCCUGAUUGUGUUUCUGCUGGGUCUUGUUCAUUACAGCUUCUAGGUGCUGAUUAAUCUGGGUAUUUUUAUUUACCAAGAUUAAGAUGCCGGAGAGUCAAUAUUUAGACAUGAGUAUGAUUAUGCACUGAGUUUUAGGUUCUUUUUAAUCAUGCGGUGUGUUGUUUAUCUAUAAUACUUCCUUAAGAAACGGUCCUCUACUUGCUGUUUGGGCAUGCUAGAAAUAAUAGUUUCUCAGUUUGAGUUAACUUUGUUUCCUGGAACCCGGUGGAAGAUUUCGCACGUUUUUCAACAAAUGACUUUUAUGUUUUGGUGAA